AUGCCUCCUAAACGCAAAGCGACAGACAGCGGUCGGUCCAGCAGGGCAUCGAAACGGGCGACCCCUGUACCGGACGCUCAGGACGUCGGCAGCAGUGAUGAAUACUCGGACUAUGUGGAUGAGAAAGAGGGUAAUCUGAAAGAUGUCGUGAGCAAAUUCUCCCUCGAAUCUUUCAGUAACAAGAAGAACCCUGCGAUCACAAGACAAGAUCCGAACUUCGGCUACAAAGAUUUCUCAUCGCUCGAUUUGAAACCGGAUCAUGCGAACCGUCCGUUGUGGAUCGAUCCGCUGAAAGGCACGAUCACCUUAGAGAGUUUCUCCCCGCUCGCUCCGCAGGCACAGGACUUUUUGACUACGAUUGCCGAGCCAUUGUCGCGCCCGACGCACUUGCACGAAUAUCGGUUGACUGGAAACAGCUUGUAUGCUGCAGUCUCUGUUGGCCUGCAGCCUGCUGAUAUCAUCAAUUUCCUUGACCGGUUAUCGAAGACGCCGCUGCCAGAGACCAUCAAGUCGUUUAUCGUUGACUUCACCAAGUCCUAUGGAAAGAUCAAGGUCGUCCUCAAACACAACCGCUUUUUUGUGGAAAGUACGGAUCCGGCGAUGCUACAGAUGCUUCUUCAGGAUGAGGUGAUCGGGCAGCAAAGAGUCAACGAGUCGGAGGGCAUCACUCAACAAGCAGCACCCAAAAUGGGUGGAUUGGUUAUUCCUGGAACCAAAGAUGCUGCGGGCGUGAAACAGACAUCCGAGCAAAAGCCAACAAACGGUGUUCCCAGUCAGGAUCGUCAGGACGAAGAUAUCCUUAUGGCGAUACGAGACGAUGAUGACGACGAUGAACAGGCUCAAGUGCACAGUUUCGAGAUCCCCAAUGAAGCGGUAGAAUCAGUCAAAGCUCGCUGCCAGGCCAUGGGCUGCCCGGCGCUUGAAGAGUAUGAUUUCCGGAACGAUGAGAUCAACCCGACCUUGGAUAUCGAUUUGAAACCCAAUGCACGAAUCCGAAGCUACCAGGAGAAGAGUCUGAGCAAAAUGUUUGGUAACGGGCGGGCGAAGAGCGGUAUCAUUGUGUUGCCAUGUGGUGCGGGAAAGACUCUGGUUGGUAUCACGGCUGCCUGCACAAUCAAGAAGGGAACUAUUGUCCUCUGCACGAGCUCCAUGUCGGUCGUACAAUGGCGAAAUGAGUUCUUGCGGUGGUCCAAUAUCGAUCCUGGCGAUGUUGCGGUUUUUACUUCGGACAACAAAGAGAAAUUCCGCAGAUCGACCGGUAUUAUCGUCUCGACGUAUUCCAUGGUGUCUCAAACGCGAGCUCGCUCGCACGACGCUCAGAAGAUGAUGGAUUGGAUUCAAUCGCGCGAAUGGGGUCUCAUGAUCCUGGACGAGGUGCACGUCGUCCCGGCAUCUAUGUUCCGAAAAGUCACUUCGGCUAUCGCGACCCAGGCCAAGCUUGGUUUGACGGCCACCCUGUUGCGUGAAGACGACAAGAUCAAAGAUUUGAACUUUCUGAUUGGCCCCAAGCUCUACGAAGCCAAUUGGAUGGAGCUUGCUGAACAAGGUCAUAUUGCCAAGGUCCAGUGCGCCGAGGUGUGGUGUCCGAUGACAACCGAGUUCUAUUCAGAAUACAUGAGAGAGAAGUCAAGAAAAGCGGCCCUGCUCUACAUUAUGAAUCCUCGGAAGUUCCAGGCCUGCCAGUUCCUGAUUGACUACCACGAGAAACGAGGCGAUAAGGUAAUUGUCUUUUCGGACAACGUGUACGCCCUGGAACGGUACGCGCGCAAAUUGAAUAAAGCUUAUAUCUAUGGCGGUACCCCUCAGAACGAGCGUAUGCGUAUCCUGGAGAACUUUCAGCACAACGAGCAAGUCAACACCAUUUUUCUGUCCAAAAUUGGAGAUACAUCUUUGGAUUUGCCGGAAGCGACAUGUCUGAUCCAGAUAUCUUCACACUAUGGUUCUCGUCGUCAGGAGGCACAGCGUCUCGGUCGGAUCCUCAGAGCCAAACGCCGAAACGACGAAGGUUUCAAUGCUUUCUUCUACUCUCUCGUGUCCAAAGACACCGAUGAAAUGUUUUACUCGUCAAAGCGGCAGGCUUUCCUCGUUGACCAAGGCUAUGCAUUCAAAGUGAUUACCCACCUUCAAGGCAUCGAGAACCUAGAAGGUCUUGCAUUUGCUACCCCCGCGGAACGUCGGGAGCUCCUGCAGGAAGUCAUGUUGCAGAACGAGACUUCUGCCGAAGUUGAGAAUGUCAUGGACGAUCUCUUUUCGGAGCGCUCCGGUGGCUUCAAGGGUAAAGCCAAGGGUGGUGUUCGGCGGAGCGCAGCCACUCUUAGUGGAUUGGCUGGCGGCGAGGACAUGGCUUAUAUUGAGUACAACAGAAGUCGAAACAAGCAGUUGAAGGACAAGGCGGGCCACCACCCCUUGUUCCGGAAGAUGGAGCGGGAGCGCCUGAAGAGGAAGAAGGAGCUCCAGGAUUUCAUGCGAUGA